AAACAACAAUAAAAUUCAUUUACAUAAUUUUUUUCUCUCGAUAUUGCAGUUAUUACUUUUAUGUAUAUCUGACGAAAAUAUAUUACAUCUCAAGGGCAUUAUCGUUCACCCCUUUAGUUGGCCGUGUUCGAGAGCAUCAAAACGAUUGAAGGCCACUGCGGACUGACUGAUCUACAAAUCACGAUGCAUCAUAAGUAAUAACUCAUUGUUAUUUGUAGAUCAGUCAGUCAGUCACAAUUUUCCCAUGAUACAUUGCGGUUUUGAUCCUCUCGAACACGGCCAUGGACUACUAGCUACAUCACAGUAUAACAUCAGAUAUUGCUAUUCUAAACUCUCUGCUUUGAGUUCUACAGAUUUGUUAGCUGUUUAGUUGUAUGUUUUAGUUUAUUUAGCUUUAUAUGAAAACACCAUGUCUGUGGCGUUUGCACCUCACAGACAACGUGGAAAGGGUGAUAUAACACCCGCUGGAAUUCAAAAGUUACUGGAUGAGAACAAUCAGCUGAUUCAAUGUAUAAUGGACUUCCAGAGCAAAGGAAAGACAGCAGAAUGUUCACAGUACCAGCAAAUGCUCCACAGAAAUUUGGUUUACCUGGCCACGAUAGCAGACUCCAAUCAGAACAUGCAGUCUCUGCUCCCUGCUAAGUGUGACUCCCCUACUCCCCCAGAGGUAAAGCUUGAACCACCCACUCAGAACAUGCCCAUGGGCCCUGGUGGGAUGAACCAGAGUGGAGCGCCGGGCCCCCAGCCCCCCCACGGACACAACAUGCCCUCGGAGGGCAUGGUCAGCGGCGGCCCCCCAGCCCCACACAUGCAGAACCAGAUGAAUGGACAGAUGCCUGGGCCCAAUCACAUGCCCAUGCAGGGCCCCGGGCCUGGCCCCAACCAGCCUCCCAACAUGCCUGGCAGCGGCGCCAUGAACAUGCCCCCCAGCAGCCACGGCCCCAUGGGUGGCUACAACCAUGCUGUGCCCUCGUCUCAGGGCAUGCCUGCCCAGGGCCAGAUGAACAUGACCCAGGGACCCAUGGGCAACUACGGCCCCCGGCCCAACAUGAACAUGCAGCCUAACCAAGGCCCCAUGAUGCACCAGCAGCCUCCCUCCCAGCAGUACAACAUGCCCCCUGGGGGUGGCGGGCAGCACUACCAGGGCCAGCAGAACCCCAUGGGCAUGAUGGGUCAGGUCAACCAGGGAAACCAUGUCAUGGGGCAGAGGCCCAUGCCCCCUUACAGACCCCCACAGCAAGGACCCCCUCAGCAGUACCCAGGGCAGGAAGACUACUAUGGCGACCAGUACAGUCACGCAGGACAGGGAGCUUCAGAAGAGCGAGACCCAGCAGCCAACCAACAGUCCCCCUAUGAAAAAGAUCAUGGAAACGCCCAGUAUGGCCAGCAGCAGGAGGCCUACCAGCAAGGUCCCCCUCAGCAGCAGGGCUACCCCCCACAGCAGCAGUACCCCGGACAGCAGGGUUACCCUGGACAGCAACAGGGUUAUGGUCCGUCCCAGGGAGCCCCAGGCCAGUAUCCCCAGGGUUACCCCCAGGGCCAGGGGCAGCAGUAUGGGGCCUACCGGGGCCCCCAGCCCGGCCCCCCUCCGGCCCAGCAACAACGCCCAUACCCAGGCUACGACCAGGGUCAAUAUGGAAAUUACCAGCAAUGAGAGAUGGUCAUGGCAGUCACCAAGAGCCCUGCUCUGACCUCUAACCUCUAAACUCGGCUGCAGCUCACUGAGACACACUUACACACACACACACACACACACACACUUUGUGGUCCUUAUGUGAAAAGUGUAAUUUUUGUUAAUGUCGAUAAUGACAUGAUUCUGUCCACUUCCAUCACUCCGCUUCUGGUCUGUGUUAAUAGUCUCAAUGCAGCGAUGCCUUAAAAUGAAACAGAGCUGCCUUAUCCAGAGCCCUGCAGAUUGUGAAAUGGGCAAAAAUAACAAGUAACAUUCAUUUUUUGGAUAUCACAGAGGACAGAAUUGUACAGAACUGAACUUCACACUCUAGUGCAAUGGUUCUCCAUCCAAUAGCCCCCCGUUCAUAAGAAGCAAUAAUGCCAAUGGGAGGGGUGGGACAGAGGCGGCGUGAGGAGAUCUUGCACCUGAAACAAAAUUCUGUUAGGCCAUGGUACAUGUCAAGGUCAACAUAUGUGAUGUAAAAAUGUAUUUUAUGCUUUUUAGAUGGAGUUAACUUUGUAUAAGAAUUUGGAGACUAGUAACGUUGAAUAUUGUUUCAUUUUUUUCUCUUGAACUAUGUCUUGAUGUCAUAUUUUUUUUUUUGUUGUGAGGACAUUGUAUUCAUCCCCCAUGUUGUUUGUUCUUUUGUUAUUUGUACCCCCUGAAUUCGCUUUGCUUCUUCAGUGACUUGUACAAAGAAUAUGUGCUUGGGGUAAACAAAUCGGAUGCCUUGGUUUUAUGAAUGGAUUGUACAUAGAAAUCCCUCAAACAAACUGAGAACACCCAUCUGCAUUGAAGCAUCAGUGCUGAAACAUUUAUUUAUUUGGGCAACAGAACUAGAACAUGACCUGUGAGUGGGGCUGUAUUCUGACUUGAGAUAUACGGUGCAUUCGGAAAGUAUUCAGACCCCUUGACUUUUUCCACAUAUUGUUACAUUACAGCCUUAUUCUAAAA